AUGACAGUCAUAGGCAACAAUACAACCCCGCGUCUGCCCUCAAAUCGCUCAAUUCGUCCUCGACACAAUCAAAUCCAAACAAUCCCUCACCCCCUUACCCAUCCCACCACCUCCCUUCCCAUCCCAACACCCCAGCUCUCCCUAAUCGACCUCUCCACCCACCCCCUCCCAUUCUUCAACGAACCCACCAUCCCCAGCCAAAUCAAACACCCCUCCGAGUACUCCCACGAGCACACUCGCGCCUGGUCCGCAGAAAUAACCUCCUACGCCGCCUUCAUCUUCGCCGUCCCCCAAUAUAACUGGGGGUAUCCGGCCGUAGUCAAGAACGCGAUUGAUUACCUUUACCAUGAGUGGAGUGGGAAGCCUGCGUUUGUGGUUAGUUAUGGGGGUCAUGGGGGUGGGAAGUGUAAUAGGCAGUUGAGGGAGGUUUUGGAGGGGGUUAAAAUGAUUGUGGAAGGGGGGGUCGAGUUGAGGUUUCCUGGGAGAGAUGUGCUUGGUAAAGCUGUGAGGGGGGAGGAUAUUGGGUUGAAGAUGGUUGGUGGUGAGCAGGGGGAGGGGAUGGAGUUUUGGGAGGAGGAAGCAAAGGCUAUUGGGGAGGCGUAUGAGGGGCUUUUGAGGGUUUUGGGUGAGGGUCAGGCUAAGGUGUAG